GCGCCCGCCCGCUCGGCCACCGUCUCCGGCUGGCAGCGAGGGGCUGCCCGGGGCCCCCGCUGCGGGCUGGCGCGGUCCGGGGCGCACGGAGGACGCGGGCUCCGGCCCAUGGUGCUGCCGGCCGCCCGGCGUGGCGCUCGGCCCGGCUCGGGCUCGGGGCGCGCGGCAGGCCUGGCGUCGCCCGUCGGGGCGGGGGCCGGGGGCUCGGGCCACCCGGCUGUUCUAGCCGCGGCCUCUCUCCCUCCCCAGCCGCGCUUACAUCCCCGCCGGGCGCCGGCCUCCCUGCGCCGCCAGCCAGUACAUGGUGUCCCCCGCGGGAGCCGAGGCCGGGGCGGCCGGACCGGGGGCCGGGAUGGGGGGGACGCCGCCUUAGCGGCUGCCGGGCCCCGGGCUGUCGCUGCCCUUGCUGCCGCUGCCGCCGCCGCUGCUGCUGCUGCUGCUGCUGCCCGGGAGGCGGCUGGCGGCGGAGGCUCGGCUCCCAGUAGCCGCACAUCCCACAAUACACCGCUAAGGAGCCCGACCCGAGCGCUCACCCUCCUCCUCUUCCUCCUCCUCCUCCUCUUCCUCCUCCCCUCGCCUUCCUCGCCGCUUCCCCAGGCACUCUCCCGGCGGCGGCAGCUGCGCCGCCAAAGCCCCGGGCCCCAGCGGCCCCCCACCCCUCACUCGCGCGCUCCCACACUGCCUCCCCCCUCCCCGGGGGGAAGGCCUUUUAAUUUAUUUAUUCUGCUGGGACUGAGGUGGGGGGCUCGGCUGGCGGGGGAGAGGGGGUCUCGUCGGCCUUCUACCUCCCGCGGCUGGGGCUACCCUUCCAGCAUCGGGGCACUCCACGGCGUGCGCCCCCGGGGCCUCCCAAACUGUUUCCAAACUGCCCAGACCGGAGGUGGGCGCGUGGAGACUCGGCGAAAGGGCUGGGUUUGGAGGGGGGUGAUUGUGUGUUUGAAUACUAGGAGCCUGGGGCAAGCAGACGUCGACCCCAAACGAGUUGCAAUCGAGGUCCGGGAGUGGCGGCGGCCAAUCAGCGCUCGGCUUCCAUUUUGUGAGUUCAACUCUGAGGCUUCCCCGGCUUCGCGUGGAUAUGUUUGCAGACCCCUCGGUCUCUCUUCUCGGGCUGCCAAGGCGAAGCAGCCACCUCGCUGGGGCUUCGUGGUGGUGUAUUUCAUAUUGGGGCUCUUUUCGGGGUUUGUAAUUUGGCCGUGGGUAGGUAAUUGGCUGGAGCAGGGCGGCAGGGCGCGGCAGCCAAUCAGCACGCGGCUUCUAUAGGGCUUGAGUUAUUAGACGCUGUUCUCAAAACAUCCUUCAUCAGACUCCAAGGAGAGGCCAACAGAUGAGGGGAGCCAUUUUUCUGCAAUGGAAUUAAAUGGCCAAGUGGGUUUUUCCUUUGUUGCAAAUGGGGAAUGUUUUUCCUUUGACUCCACCAUGCAGUCCAGGACGCCUGAGUGUGUUUACCAUUUGCCAAAGGACUCACACUUGGAAGAAUGAAGAAGACCUUUUAAAAAGAUCUGGAUUUUUCCUUAUGACUUGGAAUCCAUCUUUGUCUUGUAUAACUAGGUCAUAGCACACUAUUAAUGUCAGCAGUUAACAGUUUUGAAUUCAAAAAAACCUAAGUAAAUGACAUACUUAAUUUUUUUCCUCUUUUUUUUUCUUGGGGGGGUGGGGGGAGAGCUUGGAGCUGUCUUAAUCUGUAUUCUCUUGACUGAACAAUAAAUUUUUAAAUAUAGUUUCCUCUAUUAAACACUUAA